GUCAAAAAAGAUACUGAACUGUCAAAGUCAAAACUGAUGAGGAAAUGCGUUUGAUCCAAUAGUGCAAUAAUUUCAACUUUUGGCGUAAUAUCGCUAAAAAGUAUGCGUAAUUCAUAGAAUUGCAUGCUACAGUUAUAAAGUAAUUGUAUAAUAGUACAAUUCCAUAAAUUAAAAAAAAUGGCAAGUUCAGUCAUACUAGCGGGGUUAGGCAUGGCAGCAGUGGGUUUCGCCGGCCGCUACGUCUUACGGCAGAUGCCCAAUGCCACAACAAAAUUUGCAGAAGCAGUGAAAAAUUUACCAAAAUUUGAUUCCGAAUCUUUGGCCUAUUCAAAAUAUUACAAAGGUGGCUUUGAACCGAAAAUGACUAAAAGAGAAGCUGCAUUAAUUCUGGGUGUCAGCCCUACCGCUAACAAAAAUAAAAUAAGAGAUGCACACCGAAAGAUAAUGUUACUCAAUCAUCCGGAUAGAGGCGGCUCUCCUUUAAUCGCAGCCAAGAUCAAUGAAGCUAAAGACCUCUUGGAAAGUGGGAAGUCAUAAUGGCUACUUGUGCUUAGUACUAGUGAUUACCUUGUGUAAAUAGAACAACAAACUUAUAGAACAAUGUAGUGAGCAGUUGAUAACAUUGGAGUUGCCUGGAAGAUUGUAGUUAAAUAUUGUUACAUUGCUAUAAGGGUAAAAUAAUAAAUAAAAUUCAUUUGAACGUC